GUGGAGCUUGGGCAAGCUCGGGGGUGUGAGGAUGAUCACAAAGACGACGUCGAUACUGAUGCGAUCCUGCGCGUCCAAGAGUUGGUCGGGCGCAACGUCAAGCUCCUGCAGGAGCUCAUAUCGGAUGCCACCUCUGAGUCCUUCGCGGAAGGUGACGUGAUUCUGCAUGCUGGUGAACAGGUCGAGAAGAUGUACUUCCUUCGAAGUGGAGAGGCAAGCGUUCAUGUUGACAACGUUCGGGUCGAACAGGUUCCGAGCGGGUCCAUCUUGGGUCUCGCCGCCAUGUUCGAGAAUCCGCAGCUUCCCGUGGAGAUCCGGGCGGCUGGGCCAUGCCAAUGCCGGGUCAUCUCCCGGAUUAACUUUCACGCGGCGCUGCAGAACUAUCCCGAGGACCUCCUCCACUUGCAACAUGAGGGGAGCAGGAUGCAGAAGCAGGAUGGCGACAGAUGGAAGCGACUCGGCGCCGUCCAGCGGACCAAGAAGAAGCUGAAGGCCAUCGCCAGCAUGCGAGCUGAGCGGGCAUCGCAGAAAGCUGCCGAAGCUGACGAUGAGGCAGUCGCUCCGGUCCGGUCGUCGCGCGCGCUGCAGAAGUCUCCCAGAGAUGAGGAGGAGGAUCACUCGAGUUCGAGCCUGGACUUACCUCCGCAAGUUCCACGCCUCCAUGGGGCCACCGCUAGCGCAGAGGGCGCGCAGAGCAUGCCAUUCCCGCCGAGCCUCCGGCCGCGGCAAGACGAGGCCAGGCGGAGGGCGAAGGUGCAGAUGAUCCGGGCGCAGCUGCAGCUGCGGGCGCGAGGAGCGAUUCAGCCAUCAGGGAAGCUCGGCAAGCUGAGCAGGCUACGGUGUGGGGAUGAUCCGGAGAAGCCAGCAGCUGCCAGCUGUUCUGGGGGCCCCGUGCCCAAGCUCGAGGAUGCCUUGCUGGGUAGGCCCAUGCAACUGCAGGACACGGACUGCGACUCUCCCCGCUACGAGACCUUCGGAUUUGACUUCGACGACGAGCUUUCGCCCCUUUCACCCCUUUCGCCCGUGUCUCCGGGAUCCGAGAAGUCGGGAAGCUUGUUUUGGCAGAUCUCAGAGCCGGACAUGCCAUCUCGAGGCGAGACCGAGCGCCAGAGCUCGAAGCAGGGAGUUCUCACGAUGGCAAACCCCUUCGAACGUUCAAUCAGCUCGGACAGACCCACUUCUCGCCGAUUACGUUCACGAGAAGGAGGACCUGAGACGACUACAACUCGCUCCAUGCCUUUGGGGCGCUUGGCAGCGGCAA